UCAAUAAUAUAAUUUGAUGGAGCCAUACCUGAAGAGCGACGACUAAUUGGAAUUGGGCUCGACUCGUUUUUACUCUUACCUACCGCAGAAGUUACUGGUCGUAAUUCCAUACCCCACACGCAAAGAAAGAAACAAAAUAUGGAAUUAUCAUAUGCACGACAAAGAAACCAAAUGACCCGCCACACUCUGUAUUUCCAUAAUUAUGUUCACAAACUCAUGAGUCUUUGUAGUCUUCGGAAUUGGAAUUCAGCGUGUGGUUGUGGUCUCUCUGCCCUCUGGACUCUGCCAAAAAGUGACAAUGAUAUGUUUAAAUGGCAAUGCAACCAAGGCAAGCUAAACCAGACCAAAGCACUCGUCUUUCCACCUCUCUGAUUCUGCUAAUUUAAUACUAUCAUCUUUCGGAUCGAUCUGAGUGUGUGUGCCCUUUGAGAAUUUUCCUCCUGGGAUGUCUUCUAAGUUCUUUUCAACCUUGUUUUUCCUGUUUCUAUUAAUUUUGCAGUAUGGUGUCUUAGUCUUGGAAGCACAACAAGCAUAUGUAGACAACCACCAACUAGACUGUCAUGAUUCUGAUCCUAGCACAAAAGGCUACUUGUGCAAUGGUGUGCAAUCAUCCUGCCAAUCCUAUAUCACUUUCCGUGCAAACCCUCCUUAUAAUUCUCCAGCCAAAAUCGGCUAUCUACUGGGCAGCCAAAGCGAAGCAACCCUCAUUGCCUCAAUGAACAACAUCUCCUGUGAUGUGGCCACGAUCCCCACCAACAAGCAAGUAGUAGUCCCUGUCAAUUGUUCUUGUCACGCAGGCCUUUACUAUCAGCACAAUGCCACUUACAGGAUCAAAGAUGAGAACGAGAACUAUUUUACAUUGGCAAAUGAUACUUACCAAGGCCUAACUACCUGCCAGUCUUUGUGGGAACAAAAUCCAUACGAUUUAAAUGAAUUGUAUGCUGGUUCGGAUCUCCAUGUUCCCUUGAGAUGCGCUUGCCCUACGCCUAACCAAACUGCUUCUGGGGUUAAGUACAUGCUCACAUAUAUGGUCACUUGGGGCGACUAUAUCUCUUUGAUUGCCGAGUUGUUCAACGCUAAUGAACAAAGCGUACUUGAUGCAAAUGAGUUGUUGGAAGACGAUUUGAUAUAUCCAUUCACACCAAUUUUAGUUCCUCUAUUAAGUGAGCCCUCCACUGUCGAUUUACCAGGAUAUUCUCCACCUCCCACCCGCACUCCACCAGUAGAAGUCUUUCCCGUCACAGAAUCCAGUAAUUCCAAGAAGUGGGUGUUUUUUGGUACUGGAAUUGGAGCUGUUUUGCUAGUUCUUGUUGCCUUCUCAGCAUUUUCAUUUUGGUACUUCUGUCGCCGUCCGUCUCAGAAAUCUCAAGAGCCCAAUGCAACUAAAACAGAUCCCUCUUCUGUUUCACAUGUGGGAAUUGAAUUCUUUAUUGAAUCCUUGAUCAUCUACAAAUUCGAUAGCAUACAGACUGCCACUGGCAAUUUCAGUGAAGAUAAUAGAGUCAAAGGUUCUGUUUACAAAGGAAUUUUUGAAGGCGACCAUGCUGCCGUGAAGGCGAUGAGAGGGGAUGUCUCCAGUGAGAUAGACAUACUGAAGAAAAUGAACCAUUCUAACAUUGUUAGGCUCUCUGGUUUCUGUGUACAUGAAGGCAAUACUUACCUUGUCUAUCAGUAUGCAGAGAAUGGUUCUUUGGAUGAUUGGCUUCACCUUUACAAGAAUGAUCCCGUUUCUUCCUCCUUAUCAUGGAAGCAAAGACUACAGAUUGCCUACAACGUGGCUGAUGCCUUCACUUACCUUCAUAACUACACAACCCCUCCUUUUGUUCACAAGAACUUGACUACAAGCAAUAUUCUCUUACAUGGUAACUUCAGAGCCAUGAUUACCAACUUCGGGCUAGCAAGAAAGCUGUCCAAUGAUGAUCAAGGUGCACCCCAGUUGACAAGACAUGUGGUUGGCACAAACGGUUACAUGGCUCCUGAAUACCUUGAGAAUGGAUUGAUUACACCCAAGCUAGAUGUUUUUGCAUAUGGGGUAGUGAUACUAGAGCUGUUAUCAGGAAAAAAGGCUGUUAUGAGUGAAACAAAUGGGGAAGAAAAAAUGCUUUUUGCAUUGAUAAAUAAUGUGCUUGAAGGAGACAAUGUGAGAGAGAAACUCAAGGCCUUCAUUGAUCCUUGCUUGAGAGGCAAUAUCCCUCUACACUUUGCCUUUUCCAUAGCCCAACUGGCAAAAGAUUGUGUUGCUCAUGAUCCAAAUGAUCGCCCAUCAAUGCUUGAAGUCUUCAUGAGUCUGUCCAAGAUUCUGUCUUCUGCCCUGGACUAGGAAUUAAUAUGGGAGCAGUGUUGCAGUGUUUCAUGUUGUUUUUACUAGGAACAAUUUCUAAUGCUACCCGCCCACAAACUAUGGUGUGAAAUAUCCACACUGCAGUAAUGAUAAAGAUCAUUUUGUGGCA